UCUUACCGUACAUUAUUCCUAUCAUUUCAAGCAUUUUGGUAUUAAUUAAUAGAAAAUUGAUUAGGAACAAAUUGAUAUCAACAUGAUUUUUAACGUCGAAGGUGCUUGUUACGGACGCGUAGUUGUGGUGUCGAGAUGGAAAACGGCCGCAACGUUUUCCCGGAUUUCGCGGUGUCGCCGUCGCCGGUGCGUCGCGACGCGUCGUGGUAUUCGGGAGUAAGGAAAAAAAUCGGGACGCGUAUUAUACGUUGUCGUUGAACGACAUUCGAUGCAAAUCGCCUGGGGGUGGGCGUGUCCUGUGGCCUGUCCUCGGGUCGCGAUUGGCUGCGGAAAAGUUGCCGAAGGAGGAGUUUGUGCUGGGGUCCCCGGAGAACCCCACUUCGCCGGGUGCCCCGGGCCCGACCUCCGGGGCAACGCAGUGCCCCGCAGUGCUUUAUCGUGGAAGUGUUUCGUUUUAUCCAAGGCACCGCGUCCUCCCGGUUCCUCAGGCUGGACUCAACUUCUUCCUGCAGAAGGAGAACAGGAUAACGAGGAAAGAUCCACAGUGACGUGAUCCUGAUAAGGAUGUCAUUUCUGGCGACCAUGGAUGCGAACGCAUGGCAGGAACGGCUAACAGCCAGCGGCCACGGUUCGUUAGCCCUGAGCGGCGGCAGCCCUGCGGGCUACGGUGCCGGCGGUUCCGGGGGUCCGGGCCAUCGAGGCUCCAGCGGAUUGCACCACGGCUCCACCAUGCAGCACCAGUUGCCUCAGCCCGACUUCCAGCCGCCCUAUUUCCCCCCGCCUUUUCACCACCCGCCCAGUCCACCUCCCCAACAACACCUCGAGUAUUUGACCGACCCUUACGGCGGUCUGUCAGGACUGCACCAUUACAACCAGCUGGGUCUUCGUCCCAGAGAGGGUGAUCCGAACCAUUCUCAUGUGGCGCAGCUGGGACACGGUGCAAGUUUUCCAUACAGUGGAACUCCAAGUGGAGGUAGGGCCGAUUAUUCGUUAUCUGCCGCUCAUAGACCCCACGACGACCCCUUGUCGCUUCACCAAGCCCUUGGACAAGCCGUCGAAGAGGCUCAGGGUGGCAUAGAUGACAAUACCGGAUUCAUCUCUGACUUACCUCUUUUAAAAAGUAUAAAAGGUGGAAAAGAACAUGGCGGCUUAUUGGCGUCUCCUAGCGACGUUUUCUGCUCGGUUCCUGGUCGUCUCUCCCUCUUGUCGUCCACGUCAAAGUACAAAGUGACCGUCGGGGAAGUACAACGGCGCCUGUCAACCCCUGAGUGUUUAAACGCUUCUCUACUAGGUGGCGUUUUACGUCGUGCUAAAAGUAAAAAUGGCGGGCGAAUUUUACGCGAGAAGCUCGAGAAAAUAGGCCUUAAUCUUCCCGCGGGUCGACGAAAAGCCGCCAACGUAACCCUCUUAACAUCCUUAGUGGAAGGUGAAGCGAUCCAUUUAGCCAGGGAUUUCGGUUACAUUUGUGAGACGGAAUUCCCCGCCAAACAAGUGGCCGAGUAUCUCAAUUUACAACACGGUCAAACACCCCGAAGAAAGGAGUUACUCCAGGCCACCAAACAGAUCACAAAAGAACUCAUGGACCUGUUAAAUCAAGACAGAUCACCCUUGUGCAAUUCUAGGCCGCAAAUUAUACUCGACUCGCAUAUACAGACUCCUUUGACCACGUUUUCGCUCAUAAGUCACGGUUUCGGCAGUCCUGCCAUUGUUGCCGCACUUACGGCGGUCCAGAACGUGCUCAGUGAGUCGUUGAAAAACUUGGAAAAAGUCUUUCCGAAUCAAAACAGUCAAGGACAAUCGAUGCUAGUGACGUCGUCGUUAGAUAAAGGUAAACUCGACGAUAAAAAGUGACGAUCGAUCGAAUGUUCUUUGUGAUUCGAGCAUGUAUCGCGAUGAUAACGUGCGAAAGCUUGGGAGAGAGAGAAUGGAGAAGAGAGAAAGAGCGAGUGUGCAGCGUUGUGACAACGCAGUAAACGUGCGUGCGUAACAACGUUGAUUCUUAUUGUUUCUCGAAUAUGAAAUUGUUACAAGUAUUAUUGCGUUUGUUUUUUUAUUGUAAUUUAUGCUGAUUGAUAUGAAAUAUAUUUUUUUCAACAGUGCCAAUAAUGUAUGU